GCUAGAACCUGUCUCCUGUUUAGGAAUUAUUUUCUGGCCCCUCCGGUUUAAUAAAUAAAUAAGUUUGUAUAUUUACCGACGGACGGUACACGGCCCCAUAAGUGGUCUUAUCCUUAGAUUUUAAAGUACACGGAGCUUAGUAAGGACCUCUGAAUUUCCUUUUGAAGUCCCUAUCCAUUCAGUUACCACUUUACCUCAUAUACAUUCAUAAACUCUUGUUAAAUAUGAACCUGGCGUACUUUUGUUUUUUAUAGCCCGGUGCGGUCAAUUACUACCGACGUUAUGCUUGAUCCGUGUAACUGGGGCAUGGGAUAACCUUCGAACAAUGAAAAACUCCAUCAGUCAGUUCCGAUCGAUACUGCAUCUAUGCGAUCGCAUCGUAAUCUACCUCUUCAUCGCUGGCUCCUAUACUCCUUGGCUUGUUCUUCGUGACUUUAAUGCCGCAUGGGGUUGGUUCACCUUGUGUUUCGUUUGGCUAGCAGCCAUUUCGGGGAUUGUUUUCCAAUACAUUUAUCAUGAAAGAUGCACAUGGCUUAACCUGGCGGUCUACCUUGCCCUCAGUUUGUUUCCAGCCUGUACGAUUUUGAACAUGCACGAAUGGUCCGGUAUUCAUUUGCUGUGCCUUGGCGGGUUGACCUAUGUCUUAGGUAUCGUUUUCUUCAAAAUGGACGGUCGAAUUCCAAUGGCACAUGCGAUAUGGCAUUGCUUUGUGUUCGUCGGUGCUGGACUGCAUUUUUGCGCUGUCGACCGUUUUCUUCUCGUCCACUGACACAAUAUGUUGCAUUUCUCACACCGUACUAGCUAGCCUAUCAUCGUACCCGCGGCCGGUCUUCCAGCACUCAUGCAUAACAUUCAGGACUAGAUUUUCACAAUUAGUUGUUUGGUUUUUGUCUUUUAACAUUAUGUUAUUUUUCGAGCUUACUUUUUGAGAUCUCGUGUAGCUUUCUAGCAUCCUUUUACGUUCGAGUCAUGGGCGGUUUUUGUUUUCGCUCUUUCUUUGUUGCAUGACAUGUCUAUCACUUGAAGUGACCGCACUCCUCCGCACUGUGUUUCCUCGUCUUUUCUCGUUUUACUGGUACUGUUCUGUUGCUGACACAACCCCUGACUACCUCGACCUUUGCUUCUACCUGACCCAAUUUUUCCCACCGUCAUCUUUGUUUCUUUCGCUGUCAUAGAAGAAGGGAAGAUGUCCUUCUAAUGAAAACAAUCACCGCCCUUACUUAUUA